GAGAGACAGAGAGAGAGAGAGUGUGUGUUUGUUUUUCCCAUCAACCUCAUCAUAAACGCAACUAUCCCACUUCUGUGAAUUUCCCUAUGGAUACCUGGUAUUUAUAUCACCGAAGAUGGAAACCAUCUAUUUGUUUUUGUUAAAAGCAAUGUCAUACUAGCAUAUCAUCUCGACAAAGAAGAAAAACGCACAUCGGCGACAGCACCUUUUUUUUCUCAUCUCAAACCGCAGUGAACAAUGGGGAAAGGAUAUUACAUCAGCAAACAUAUGGCCACCGCUGCCAUGGUACUGGCUGCAAUAGCCUUGGUGACCAUCAUUGCAUUAUCAGUCGUUUAUAAUCGAGAAAAGUCCAAAAACACAGCCAAAUUAAGUAAUGCAACUACGUCACCAGUACCUCCCACCCCCAAGACUUCGAACGAACCCUGGGACAAAUACAGACUGCCCGACACUUUGUCUCCACAGUACUACAACGUGACUCUUUGGCCUCGUUUGGUGAUGAACGCCAAUGGGACGUAUAUUUUCACUGGGGACUCGGGAGUGAUGUUUACUUGUGUGAAGACGACAGAUCUGAUACUGAUUCACUCCAACAAACUGAACUUAACUCUGUUCAAGGGGCACCAUGCAAAACUCAUGGGUGUGAGCGGCGUAACAGCUCCAGCAAUAAAGACCACCUGGUUUCAGACCGAAACACAGUACUUGGUGAUUCAGCUGGGGGGAAAACUGAAGCCUGGGAAGUCCUACUGGCUCUAUACAGAGUUCAGAGGAGAGCUUUCUGAUAAUCUGGAUGGUUUCUACAGGAGUGAAUACAUGGAAGAUGGUGAAAAAAAAAUUAUUGCCAUCACUCAGAUGCAGGCCACUUACGCUAGAAAAGCUUUCCCGUGUUUCGAUGAACCUGGCAUGAAAGCUGUGUUUCAUAUCACUCUUAUCCAUGACCUGGGAACCACAGCACUGUCCAACAGUCAGGAAAUGAAGACAGAAAACGUCAAAAUUGAUGGAACGGUCGUUACCAGGACGGUAUUUGAACCCACAAAGAGGAUGUCAACAUACCUUGUUGCAUUUCUCGUCAGUGAUUUCACGUACAUCAGGGCUGAAGACAACAAGGGUGUUUUGGUAAGAAUAUGGGCUCGGAAAAAAGCCAUUGGAGAUGGGCAAGGAGAUUAUGCACUCAGUAUCACUCAGCCAAUACUGGAGUUCUUUGAGAAAUAUUACAACACCAGCUAUCCACUUUCUAAGUCAGAUCAGAUUGCGCUGCCUGACUUUGAAUCGGGAGCAAUGGAAAACUGGGGUCUUGUCACUUACAGAGAGACUGCGCUUCUAUACGACUCGGAGACGUCUGCCAAUGGCAACAAGCAGAGGAUUGCGACUGUGGUUUCUCACGAACUGGCUCACAUGUGGUUUGGAAACCUUGUGACGCUGAAAUGGUGGAAUGAUCUCUGGCUGAACGAGGGGUUUGCUUCAUACGUGGAGUAUCUGGGCGCUGAUCAUGCUGAGCCUACCUGGAACAUUAAAGACCAGAUCAUUCUGUACGACCUGCAAAGAGCGUUUGCUGUGGAUAGCUUGACUUCCUCUCACCCUCUCUCCCGAAAGGAGGAGGAGGUCAACACUCCAUCAGAAAUUAGCGAAAUGUUCAGCACCAUAUCCUACAGCAAGGGAGCUGCAGUGCUUAAAAUGCUCUCAGAAUUCCUGACAGAGCCUGUGUUUGCCAAGGGACUCAGUAACUAUCUGAACCAGUUUGCUUUUGGAAGCACAGUCUAUUCAGACCUCUGGGAUCAUCUUCAAAAGGCAGUAGAUCAAACUCCAGGGGUGAAACUACCGUAUAGUGUUCACGAGAUCAUGAACCGCUGGAUACUACAGAUGGGCUACCCAGUAGUCACCAUUGACACUCGAACUGGCAACGUCAGCCAAAAGCACUUUCUCCUGGAAAAAGAUGCAGUGGUGGAUAGGAAAUCUGAAUUUAAUUACGAAUGGUUCGUGCCCAUCAAAUGGAUGAAAAGAGACCAGGUGCAGGAUCAGCUGUGGCUUCUACAGAAAUCAGCUAUUCACAAACCCAUGAAAGUCAGCAGAGGCGAAUGGGUGCUGGCCAACCUCCAUGUGUCAGGAUACUUCAGAGUGAACUACGACCUUGGCAACUGGGAACGACUCCUCAGCCAACUGGAGUCGAAUCACCAGGUGAUUCCUGUGGUGAACAGAGCACAGAUUCUGGAUGAUGCGUUUAAUCUAGCACGAGCAUCCAUUAUAAACAUAACACUCGCUUUGAGGACAACUAAAUAUCUCAUUCAUGAGCGGGAAUACAUUCCAUGGGAGGCAGCGCUUCGGAAUCUGAACUAUUUUUUCCAGUUGUUCGGCCGCAGUGAAGUUUACGGUGCCUUGCAGGCCUAUCUCAAGAAACAAGUCAAACCUCUGUUUGAACAUUUUGGCACUAUCAGCUCAAACUGGACAACGGUUCCCUCUGGCCACACUGAUCAGUUUACACAGAUCAUUGCACUCUCACUAGCCUGCAGUACCGGCGUGGAGGGAUGCAGAGAACUAACCAAGAGCUGGUUCAAAAGAUGGAUGCAGAAUCCUCAUGUCAACGCGAUUCAUCCUAACCUGAGGUCCACGGUGUACUGCGACGCCAUCGCUGCGGGUGGUGCAGAAGAAUGGAACUUUGGCUGGCAGAUGUUCCAGAAGGCCACGGUUGCAGCUGAAGCUGUCAAACUGAGAGCGGCUCUGGCCUGCACCAAAGUGCCCUGGUUACUGAACAGGUACCUGGAAUAUACAAUGAAUCCAGAAAAGAUCCGCAAGCAGGAUGCCGCUUCCACCAUUGGGUACAUUGCCAGUAAUAUCAUUGGCCAACCUUUGGCAUGGGACUUUUUCCGGGCAAACUAUUUCUAUUUCUUCAAAGUGUAUGGCACUGGAUCAUUCACGUUCUCCAGAUUAAUUGGUGAUGUUACCAAUAGAUUCUGCACUCCAUUUGAACUCAGUCAGUUGAAACAGUUCAAAAAGGACAACGCUGAGACCGGAUUCGGCUCGGGAACUCAAGCACUGCAGCAGGCCAUCGAGAAGACGACAGCCAAGAUUACGUGGCUGGCAGAAAACAAGGAACCGGUGCUGCAGUGGUUCACCUCAGAAUCAGAGUAAACGUCACAUCUACAUGUCAUAAGAGUUCAAGUAUUACUUGAGUUAUUUCAACUGGAUUCAGAAAUGAUCAUUCUGUCGUCCUUUACUCACCCUCUUGUCGUCCAAAUCUCUAUGACUUUCUUUAAUCUGUAAAACAUAAAAGGAGCAUGUUUCAAUAUCCUGAGUGUUCCUCUUUGUAUAAUAAAGGUGAAUGGUAAUGAUCGCUGCAGUCAAGCUCCAAAAAUGUCAAUUAAAAGCACCAAUAAAAUAUUAUAAAAGUCUUAUGAAAUCAUAAGGUUGCCUGGUGUGAGCAAGAGCUGAUAUUUUAAGUUGUUAUUUACUCAAAAUGAAAAUGGACUAACUUUAAAAGGUUUGGGGUUGGUAAGAUUUUUGUUGUUGUUGGCUAAUCUAUCAAGGUUUCCAACUAUCAAUAUUGAUAACUAUAAUAAGAAAUGUUUCUUGAGCAGCAGAUCAUAAUUAGAAUGAUUUCUGAAGGAUCAGAAAUUUCUGUUGAUGCUGCAAAUUCAGUUUUGCAUAAAUUGCAUUUUAAAUGUAAUAAAACAGAUAAAAAGUUAUUUUAAAUUGCAUUAUUUCUCAAUAUUUCUUCUCUGUUUUAGCGUUUACUUUCACUAAAAAUCUUACCAUCUCACCAACUGAUGAACAGAAGUGUAUAUGUUUUUUUUAAAUCGAUGAACUAUUCCUGUUAAUAUAAGAGCUUAUCAAAUGUCUUUGUGUGUGUGUGUUCAUGUAAACCCUAUUUUAUGAGGACAAAGAUGGCAAUAUCUGAAAUCCUUGUACUUGUGGAUCAUUUUUUGGUCCCCAUUAGAAAAACGGCAAAUAAAUCACAUUAAAUUAUGUUUUUUGAAAAUGUAAAAAUGCAGAGUUACCUGUGAUGAUGGAUAGGUUUAGGGUUAGAGGACAGAAUAUAGUUUAUACAGUGUGUGUGGGUGUUUUGCAGGACCAGUUCCAGCCUCGCAUGAAUUCAGUGUCCUGAGUGAAUGAAUAUAUACAAGUGUUAACAGCAUUUUGGCAGACUGUAUAUCAGGACAGCCCUCCUGAGAAAUGUCUUGCUCAAGGACAUAGUGAUAGUUCACGGUCCGGAGCACUCCCCUACGGGAUUUAGUUAACAGCUCAGAUAUUUAACCACUACAUCACAUCACUCUGACGCAAAUGAGGAUAAAGUAACAUGAGAGACUAUAGAAAUUACACGGUUACUUGAAGGGGAGUGCAUGACACUGACAUGACACCUUCAUAAUCAUGACAUGAGGUUUUAUGCAUGUUUAUGACAACUGUCAUUAAAUGUCAUUUGCUCAAUUAUGACAUUUUUAAUGCAAAUAUGACACUGUUUGAGAUGUCUUUGUUAUGACAAUUUGACAUAAACCAGUACAUCA